UCGUCUGCUACUCUGCUCUGCUCCACGCGCGCCGCACGGGCAGCUUCUGCCGGACACUGCAGCGUAGGCGUAGCAGGCACAGCUAGCUCCCCGGUAGUACGUAUAUUUCAUGGCCCAAGAAGCACACGAAGCUCCAGUCGGUCGCAGUCGCAGCAGCUCCUCCACUUCACCAGCCACCGGCAUGCGGGAGUCUCCUCGGCAGAUGCAAGCGCACACGCCCUGCUUCCCUUCCUGGAUCCCCUCCUACGCCGGCACGUUCGCCGCCGGGGCCGGCCUGGCGGCCGCCCCGAGCCUGCCGAGCGAGCACGUCGACAGAGGGAACUUCCUGUCUCUGCUCGGAGCGAAGAACGUGACGCCGGAGAUGUUCGAGGACGUUCCCGCGGCGGCAUGCGACUACCUCGAACUCGGAGGGGUGGGCGCCGCCGCCAGCAACAUGGCCGGUCCAGCUGCCGCCGCCGCCGCCGCCGCCUUUGGCCUCGGCAGCGUCGACCCGUACUCUACCAGUAGUGCUCCUCCAGUCAAGCAUGAGACGGCGGCAAGCUCGCCAUCGCCGCUCGUGUACUCGGGGGACAGUGAUGUGGUGCACGGGAGCAGCAUGGGCUGCUGCAUGCCAUGCUACGACCACGAGGGGAAACCAGCUGAUGACAGCCAGCGGCAGCGGCAGGGUUUUGGAGCUCCCACGGCUGCAUUUCUGCAGCAAACGGUCCCAAGCCGAGUGGAGCUUCAGAGUGUCGUUCUCGGUUAUUCAGGCAUGCUGUCUGAAAGGCUGGAGCCUUCUUCCUUUGGCGUGGGGAGCUUGCCGGAUGACGGUUCUUUCAGUGACUACAACACCAACAGGUCAAGUGCAGACUUCAUGUCCAGCAACAGCAACAGACAGGAGCAAGAUAUUAGGCAGGCGGGGAUGGGCAGUAGCAGCAGUGGAAGUGGAGCUGCGACAAGUGCAGCCACGAGGAGGAAAUCACAGGAAGGGAUUGGAGGAAACACGAAGAAAUCUAAGCAGGAGGUUUCCCACAAGGCGUCGCCUACUAAGGCUCAAGCGCCCAAAGUGAAGCUGGGAGAGAAGAUCACAGCGUUGCAGCAAAUCGUGUCACCUUUUGGGAAGACUGAUACAUCAUCGGUGCUGUUUGAAACGAUCGAGUACAUCAAAUUUCUUCAUGAGCAGAUACGGCUGUUUAGUGAACCGUAUAUGACGAAAAGCACGUACAAGGGUCACAUUCGACGCAGAGGCGAAGAGAAAGAGGAGGAAACCGGGACGGGGCAUCAUGACUUGAGGGGCAGAGGGCUCUGCCUGGUCCCGGUUUCGCUGACCUCGCAAGCAUACCACGAUGACACCACCCUGCCGGACUGCUGGGCGCCCGCGUACAGGAGCUGCCUGUACCCAUGAGCUCGACGAUUGCAUGGUUUCAGCUAAUUGCUUGCUUCUCCUUGUUUUAUUGUCAUGUCUUCUACUUAAAAAAAAAGAAUUUCCAGUGUACCCGGAAUAAUAUUAUAGGGUAACUAGGCACACAGGCCUUGGCUUUAGGAAAAGCCAGUAUUCGCUGAUUUGUUAUAAAAAAA